CCCCAUGUCCUGUACCGUCAUUAUUUCUCAGCAGUCUGCUUUGCAAUUUGCGAAUCCAUAUAUGAACAUGGAAAGCACGUACAAAAGCACUGAGCCUUUCAUCUCUGACAAAGUUGCUGCAGCUAAAGGUUCAAGUAGUUCAGUUGAAUCCCAAACAAUAAAAGUACUAGAG